CUCUCUCUCUCCUGCCACCACUUCCCCACAGACGCGCAUCCUCCGUCUGGGGCUCCCGUGUCCUUCCACCUCUCCAUUCAGUGCAGUCCGCUGCUUUGCGCGCUAUCGUCGCCGCCACCCUCCCCUCCUUUUUCUCCCUCCCUCCCUCAGUCCGUCCAUCGCUACUAACAAACUUUUUUUCCCCCACUCCUUGUGGAUCUCCGGUCCGGUUCCCGAGUCCAGAUUCAGUACCAGCGUGAUCCGUGUAUCCGGGAGUCGAAGCACAGCCCAGCCCUGGAUUCAAUACUCCUGAUCAAUGGACAGAGCCUCCUCAGCGGCCAGCAGCGCUUCAGACACGCCGUAAACAACUCUUUUUCUCUGGCUGGAGCUCCUCUGGGGGCCUGGAGGAGGAUGGAGCGAGGAGGGGAGAGUCCCAUCACCCAGGACAGUCCUGAGCGGAGGGGAGGCAGCCCAGAUCUGAGCGGCCUCCCACCACCAGGGAAGAAGGGCCGGUUGGAGCUCAAUGGGAGCCCCACUGGGCCCCGCAUACGUCACAAUGGAGCCCCACUGAGACCUCUAGGAGGUCUGAUGAUUCCAGUCUUCUGUGUGGUGGAGCAGGCAGAUGGAGGGGUUCAGACGGAUGGAUGUGAUGGAAGAGAGGAGCAUGCAGAGUUUGUGCUGGUCAGGAAGGACAUUCUCUUCUCUCAGCUGGUGGAGACGGCUCUGCUGGCCCUCGGCUACUCCCACAGCUCAGCUGCGCAGGCCCACGGCAUCAUCAAGGUGGGAAGGUGGAACCCUCUGCCCAUCCACUUCCUGACUGACGCUCCAGAAGCAACAGUGGCUGACAUGCUGAUGGAGGUUUACCACAUGGUCACACUACGCAUCCAACUUCAAAGUUUUUCAAAGCUGGAGGACCUGCCCUGUGAACAGUGGAACCACGCGACUGUCAGAAACGCUCUCAAAGAGCUGCUGAAGGAAAUGAACCAAAGCACUCUGGCCAAAGAGUGUCCCCUGUCACAGAGUAUGAUUUCCUCAAUUGUGAAUAGUUCCUAUUACGCCAACGUCUCUACUGCCAAGUGCCAGGAGUUCGGCCGUUGGUACAAGAAAUACAAGAAAAUCAAAGUAGAUUAUCUGGAGAAGAUGUGGUCUGGACGAGAUCCUGCUGACAUCAAAAUUGAGAGAGACAACAUGGCAGACUUCUGUGUGCUGGGCCAGAGACCUCCUCCUCACUUGGCCGGCCUGGCCCAGCUCAGUCACCUGGGAGCCGGCAGUCCCCUCCUAAAGUCAGGAUCUGGAGACCCGCAGGCACCUUCCCAGCAAUCUCAGCAGCCUCCUCUUCCCCAGCAACAACCCUCGCCCCACGGCCCCCUCCACCACAGCCCUCCUCUUCGUACAGGCCAGGUGCCUCCUCCGCCCCCUCCGCCCCCGCCUGGUGCCCUCCAACCCCUGCUGGGACCAGGUGGGCUGCUCUCCCCUCAGCUCUCCCCGCAGCUGGUACGUCAACAGCUCGCCAUGGCCCACCUCAUCAACCAACAGCUAGCUGUUAGCCGCCUGCUGGCCCACCAGCAUCCCCAGGCCCUCAACCAGCAGUUCCUCAACCACCCACCCAUCCCUCGGGGUUCAUCCAAAGUUGGCGGCGACCAUCCUGGGAGCAACCCCUCGGCCGCCGAGGUCUCCUCUGAAAUCUACCAGCAGGUCAGAGAUGAGCUGAAGAGAGCUAGUGUCUCCCAGGCCGUGUUCGCCCGUGUGGCUUUCAACCGCACACAGGGCUUGCUAUCAGAGAUCCUGAGGAAGGAGGAGGACCCUCGCACCGCCUCGCAGUCCCUGCUGGUGAAUCUGAAAGCAAUGCAGAACUUCCUCAACCUGCCGGAGACCGAGAGAGACCGAAUCUACCAGGAGGAGAGGGAGCGCACCAUGAACCCUACAGUUGGCCUUCCUGCCUCCAAUUCCUCAAACCCCGGUACUCCACGUCUCUCACAGAAAGUGUGGGAGAGGAGCUUGGAAGACCAGAUAACCCCUGAUACCUGGGCCUCCAUCUGGAAGAACAAGACUAAGAUCUCCAACUCACCAAAGCCAUCUGGCCCAGCCCUGGACCUCCCACUGAAGCUGGAAUCACUGGUCAACAUUACGUCAGGCAUCUAUGACGAAAUUCAGCAGGAGAUGAAGAGAGCCAAAGUGUCGCAAGCUCUGUUUGCAAAGGUGGCCGCCAACAAGAGUCAGGGAUGGCUGUGCGAGUUGCUCCGGUGGAAGGAGAACCCCAGCCCAGAGAACCGCACUCUGUGGGAGAACCUGUGCACCAUCCGGAGGUUUCUGGCGCUGCCGCAGGGUGACAGAGACCUGGCGUACGAAGAGGAGUCCAGACACCAUCACACAGAGAGGCUGCACACCGUCCUCCACCUGCCACAGGACACACAGCUCUUUUGUCUUUCUCGGCAGGCACUCCACAGGCCACCCCCGACUCCAAUGAAGGAGCACCGCCUGUCUCCGAUGCGCGAGGAGCCGCUACCUGCCCCUGCGAACGACGAGGGGUCGCAAAAUGUGGGAGCAAGCGGAUGUCAAUCAGGCAAUGUUGGCAAUGCUGGGAGCAACAAGAAGCCACGAUCACGCACUAAGAUUUCCCUGGAGGCCUUAGGUAUCCUGCAGAGCUUCAUCCAGGACGUCGGCCUUUAUCCUGACCAGGAGGCCAUCCACACCUUGUCGGCACAGCUUGACCUGCCCAAGCACACCAUCAUCAAGUUCUUCCAGAACCAGCGCUACCACGUCAAGCACCACGGCCGCCUCAAGGAGCUGAGUGAGGGGGCUGCCGCCAGCGGAGGUGUGGACGUCAGUGAAUACCGGGAAGAGGAGUUGCUUUCUGGCUCAGAGGACCCAGAGUCCAGCGAGGAUGGAGCUGAGGAGAUCUAUCAGUCCACAGAUGGGAAUGGUGGGAACCAGCCUCCGGCCUCAUCUGGUUCUAACUCCAGCCAGUUGUCCUCAGGGACCAACAUGGCUCAGGAGGAGAGCAAGGACAAGGGGCACGGCCGGCCUGGAGGCCCCCUGGCUCCAGGAAGCUCCUCAUCCAGUCCCAGAGAGCAGGCUGACUACCAGAGGUAGAGACUGACAAACAGAG